ACUCUACUUCGGAGUUUAGACUGACAGUCCUCUGUCAACUCACUCUUUUCUCUCCAUAAAUUAAUCAUGAAGUAACAUUAACGUUAACUGUAACUAACGCCACCAGUCCAGCCGACAUUAACCUCAAUAACCAUCUCUCUCUCUCUCUCUGUUCCGUUCUGUUCUGUCUGCUUUGCUUUGCUUUUACUUUAAAGUUUGCUGCUUUCUUUGCUUACUGCCACUUCGUCAUUCUAUCCAACUAAUCCUAAAAUUGAAGUUCAAUGGCAAUAGGCUCGUCGAGCUCUGACUCACGACCCAAUCCCGCCGGGCCCGACCCGCAGUCACAAAGAGAAGUAAAAAGAGCUAAUGCUAACAACAAGAUUGAUCCAUUUGUGCCCAGAACUGAUCACAAUCCCAGGGAGCUGAGAUCUUGGGCUAAGAGAACUGGUUUCGUCUCUACUUUCUCUUCUGAAACCACCACAAGCAAUGACACGGCCACGCCAACUCCUGCCUCUGAGUUGUAUAAUAAAGCUGUUGAUAACAACAACCAUCACAGAAAUGGUGGGUCGUCUCCCAAAAUCGAGAUCGACCCGAUUCUGGGACGGACCAGGCAGCUCAACAGUCGUAUCGAAAUUGAACCGGAAUCUAGGCCUGGAAAUGACGAUAGGGGUUUGGGGUUAAGAGAUGAGAGUAAGAGAAGGAUAGUUGGGAAUGAUGUUUUGGGAGCUAUUCCUAAUAAAGAUGAAGUUGGGCUAAAUGGAACUGGAAAUGAGCCAAAGAAAGGAGAAGUAAAUGAUUUUGAUCAUGUUGGCAUUGAAGUUUAUCCAUUUGGGGAGGAACUGAUUGCCAAUGAAGGUUGGAAUAAUAGACAAAGUGGAAUGAGAUAUGGAUUAAGAGACAAUCCGGGUUUUGCCCUGCUUGUGUAUUAUGGCCUGCAGCAUUAUUUAUCAAUGGCAGGCUCCCUGAUUUUCAUCCCCUUAAUCAUCGUACCAGCCAUGGGUGGAACAGAUAGGGAUACCGCCGAAGUGAUUUCUACUAUGUUGCUGAUCUCUGGCAUUACGACUAUACUGCACUCCUACUUUGGCACCCGACUUCCAUUAGUUCAAGGGAGUUCAUUUGUAUAUUUAGCACCAGCAUUAGUUAUAAUUAAUGCUCGGGAAUAUCGGAAUCUAACGGAACAUAAAUUUAGACACAUUAUGAGGGAACUGCAAGGGGCUAUAAUUGUUGGUUCUCUAUUCCAAACCAUCUUGGGAUUCACUGGUUUCAUGUCUCUUCUUCUAAGAUUGAUUAAUCCAGUUGUCGUUGCACCAACUGUUGCUGCAGUAGGUUUGGCAUUUUUUAGCUAUGGUUUUCCACAAGCUGGAAGCUGUGUAGAAAUCAGCAUUCCUUUAAUACUACUGGUUCUUAUAUUUACCCUAUACCUCCGAGGAAUUUCUAUCUUUGGUCAUCGCAUAUUCCAAAUAUAUGCGGUCCCCUUGAGCGUCCUUAUGAUAUGGACAUAUGCAUUCUUCUUGACAGCUGGUGGAGCAUACAACUACAAAGGUUGUAGCCCUGAUGUACCUAGUUCUAACAUCUUAGUGGAUGCGUGUAGAAAGCAUGCAUAUACAAUGCAGCACUGCAGGACUGAUGCUUCCAAUGCAUGGAGAACUGCUGCUUGGGUCAGAAUACCGUACCCAUUGCAGUGGGGUGUGCCCAUCUUCCAUUUUAGGACUUCCCUGAUCAUGAUAAUAGUAUCACUAGUUGCAUCCGUGGAUUCGGUUGGAACUUAUCACUCUACAUCUUUGCUUGUUAAUUCAAAGCCUCCAACUCCACGAAUUGUCAGCAGAGGAAUUGCGUUGGAGGGCUUCUGCAGUGUAUUGGCUGGAAUUUGGGGUUGUGGCACCGGUUCAACAACAUUAACAGAAAAUGUUCAUACUGUCAAUAUAACAAAGGUGGCCAGUCGAAGGGUUGUGGAGGUUGGAGCAGCUUUCUUGAUCCUGUUCUCAUUUAUAGGAAAAGUGGGUGCCAUACUUGCAUCAAUACCCCAGGCCUUGGCUGCUUCAAUACUUUGCUUCAUGUGGGGCCUUAUUGUAUCACUAGGUCUCUCAACUUUGCAGUACAGCCAAACAGCAAGUUUUAGGAACAUCACAAUAGUAGGUGUUUCACUGUUCCUUGGUUUAACAAUUCCUGCGUACUUCCAGCAGUAUCAACCUGAAUCCAGCUUGAUACUGCCAAGUUAUUUUGUUCCAUAUGCGGCAGCAUCAAAUGGACCAGUCCAAACCAGCAGUAAACAAUUUGAUUUUGCGAUGAACGCUCUCAUGUCCUUGAACAUGGUUGUGACACUCUUGGUCGCAUUUGUGCUUGACAACACCGUCCCAGGUAACCGGCAAGAAAGAGGAGUGUACAUAUGGUCUCGUGCUGAAGACAUGGCAACUGACACAUCUUUGCAUGCAGAUUAUUCCCUGCCAAGUAAAGUUUCCAGAUUUUUCUGUUGUGCUAGGUGUUUGCAUGCAUGAUAUUAGUUUGGUUGCAUAAUGUGCUUGGUGCAUGAUAUUAGUACAGGUUAUGUGGGAGUAAUUGUGAAGUUCCUAGGUUGAAUUGCCUUCCCGUUAGUUGGGGGAUUGGUGGGUGGUUAUAAUGCGUGGUUCACACCAAUUAAAGCAUAGUAGUGUAUGAUCUUUAUAGAACAAAAUUGAGAGAGUGAAUGCACUACAGAAUUAGUAAUACUAUUGUAAUUGGAAGAAACUUGGUGUUCAGAUUACAAUAUAUGUCUAUUUGGUAGAA